CAGCUCCUGCACCUCCUCCUCCACUCACCAGAGAGAUGGAAAGUUCUGUGACUGCUGCUACUGUGAGUUCUUCGGCCACAAUGCGAGAUGACAAAAUCGAGGCACACAGAGACUCAGUGACCUGCCCAAGGUCAUACAGCUUCCAAGUGACAAAGCCCGGGCUCAAACCUGCUUUCCUCGCUCCCGAGUCAGUGUGCUCACAAUGCUGUUACGUAUCUCCCACUCCCUCCGCCCACAGCUGCCUCAGCUCUGGGCCUGGCCGAGGCUGAAGCCACUUGGCCUUUGUGGCUAUGCCACCCGCUGCCCCGACGAGUCGGAAUUACACAGAGAUCCGCGAGAAGCUCCGCUCGAGGCUGACCAGGCGGAAAGAGGAGCUGCCCGUGAAGGGGGGCGCCCUGGGCGGGAUCCCUGGGGAGCCCGCCGUGGACCACCGAGAUGUGGAUGAGCUGCUGGAAUUCAUCAACAGCACGGAGCCCAAAGUCCCCAACAGCGCCAGGGCCGCCAAGCGGGCCCGGCACAAGCUGAAAAAGAAGGAAAAGGAGAAGGCCCACUUGGCAGCAGAAGCUCUAAAGCAGGUGAAUCGUAGUGUUUCUGGAAGCCGGGAGCCUAGGCCUGCCAGGGAGAGGCUCUUGGAGUGGCCUGACCGGGAGCUGGAUCGGGUCAACAGCUUCCUGAGCAGCCGUCUGCAAGAAAUCAAGAACACUGUCAAGGACUCUAUCCGUGCCAGCUUCAGUGUGUGUGAGCUCAACAUGGACAGCAAUGGAUUCUCUAAGGAGGGGGCUGCUGAGCCAGAGUCCCAGAGCCUAUCCCCCUCAAACCUCAAUGGCUCCUCAGAGCAACGGCCUGACAUUAACCUUGACCUGUCCCCUUUGACUUUGGGGUCCUCUCAGAACCACAUGCUACGAGUUCCAGGUGAGCCAGCCCCACCGUGGACAGAAAUGAGAGGCUCUCACCCACCAUGGACAGAGGUGAGGGGGCCCCCUCCCGGUAUCAUCCCUGAGAAUGGGCUAGUGAGGAGACUCAACGCCGUGCCCAACCUUUCCCGGGUGAUCUGGGUCAAGACACCCAAGCCAGGCAACCCUAGCCCUGAGGAGCCAAGCCCAAAGGAGGUUCCCAGUUGCAAGCAGGAGCUGCCCGAGCCUAUGGCCUCAAGUGGGAAGCCGCGGAAGGGCAAGAGACAGGGCAGUCAGGCCAAGAAGAACGAGGUGAGCCCAGCCCCCCGGUCCCCAGCCAGCCUCGAGGCUCCCAGUGCCAAGGGCCAGACCCCCAGCUCCAAGCAGCCAGGCAAGGCCCCGGAGCCUCCCAAAGUGGGCAGCUGUGCCGAGGCUGGAGAGGGGAGCCGGGGGAGCCAGCCAGGACCAGGCUGGGCUGGCAGCCCCAAAGCCGACGAGAAGGGCAGCUCCUGGCGAAACUGGCCAGGUGAGGCCAAAGCACGGCCUCUGGAGCAGGAGUCCAUGCAGCCCCCAGGCCCAGCGAGGCCACAGAGCUUGCCGCAGGGUAAGGGCCGCAGCCGCCGGAGCCGCAACAAGCAGGAGAAGACGGCCGCCUCCCUGGACGAUGUGUUCCUGCCCAAGGACAUGGAUGGGGUGGAGAUGGAUGAGACUGACCGGGAGGUGGAGUACUUCAAGAGGUUCUGUUUGGAUUCUGCAAAGCAAACUCGCCAGAAAGUUGCUGUGAACUGGACCAACUUCAGCCUCAAGAAAACCACUCCCAGCACAGCUCAGUGAGCCCCCUGCCGGGUCGAGCUGCUUCAGGGUGUCCUGAGACCCCAACUGCCAGCUGAAGGUCUACAGUUUCUUCCUCCACAUCCCUACCCACCUGCCCACGAUCCUCCCUGCUCCUCGCCAUCCUGGACCAACCAAAAGUUGAACGGAUGCUGUGCCGUGCUGGGGCCCCUCAGGACCUCCGCAGAGCCGCUUCCUGGUGCUACCCAGCCUCCUCACUCAGAGCCUGGGGGCUGGACUGGCCUGUGGGCCGGGGGCUGAUGGUACUGCUGGCCCAACACUGCUCUCUUUGUGUUUGGUUUUGUUUUUGUUCUUGUUUUUCAAUUCUUUACUUUUGAUACUGUGAAGAUCUUUCCUGCAGAAAGAUAAAGCAACAUUUGGACACAGA